GCUGCUGAGUUAGGUGUGGUGACUACUGGAAACGCAGAAAUCGAAAGUGAAGUUAUUUGGGAACGAUCGGAGACCACACUUUCAAUGAGGAUUUUUGUUAAUUAAGGUGUACUUUUCAUAAUUUUAAGGGGUGUAUCUAAGCUUCAUGACUUGAUGUUUUCGCUUCACAGUAUUGCAUAUUUCAAUAUUGAAUAUUUCUGGAGAUUGUUCAGACAUGGAUCAUUUCUGUAACUUCAAAGUCUCAGAUCAAGAAGAGAAACAAGUUAACAUAGUAGAGAAGUUCAACAGGAAACUCAACAUCAUAUCAGAUGUGUGUGAACACCAUGGCCUGUAUAAUCAAGGAGCAACCUGUUAUUUGAACAGUGUGCUGCAGGUCCUCUUCAUGACCAAUGACUUCAAAGAAGCCAUAGACAGCCAAGUGUUUGAACAAGAACAACAACAGGAGCCGGAGUCAGAGAACAAGACUGGAGUUGGUCCUCAGUUGAAAAAGUUGUUUGAGAUUUUAAAGACAAGCAAUGCUGGCACAGAGGACAUCUCAUCAAAACUGGGAAUUGGAAAUGUAUUUGAGCAACAAGAUGCUGCUCAGUAUCUAGAGAAGAUUUUAAGCCUGGUCAAUGCUGAUGUGUCCAAGAUCUUCAAAGGACAAUUGAGACACAUCGCCACCUGUUUAUCUCCACCUGGUCAUCCAAUUAGUGAUAAAAGUCGUCCAUUUUGGUCUCUGCCACUCUCGAUGAAAGAUUCCUCAGGCUUCAACAAAACUUUCAGUGUGGAUGAUUGCUGGACCGAGUUUUUCAGGUCUUCAACAGUUAGUGGGGACAAUAAGAUGUACUGUGAUUGGUGUGACGAGAAAGCAGAUGCAACCAUUGAAUUUCAGAUGAAAGAUUACCCAGAGAUUCUAACUCUACUCCUCAAGAGGUUUCAGUUUGACUACAAUAGGAUGGAUUAUGUCAAAAUCGACUGCUUGGUGAAAGUGCCUUACACAUUGCAGACAGCGAGGUAUACAUAUGAACUCUAUGCCAUUGUGGACCACGUGGGAAGUCUAAGAGGUGGACAUUACACUUCUAGAAUCAAGUCCCACAAAGAUCAGAAGUGGUAUGUGUUUGAUGACACCUACGUUAGACUGCUCAAUCAACAGCCAUUUAUGCAAGGUUUUGAAACAUCCCGAAGUGCUUACUUGCUUAUGUACAAGAAAUUGCAUGCACCAGAUCUUCAGAUGAACCAUGGAACCAGCCAAGACUGUUCACUCACUGACCCACAGUGCCAGUCCUUGCUAGCCAGUGGAGAAGGAGAUGUGGUAGAGAAAAGAAAGGAGGAUAUUGCAAGAAAUAAAGGAGGGGAUCAUAGUUUUGUUGAUAUUGAAGAGAAGAGGGAACAGGGGUGUGUGACAGAGACAGGAGAGGACAAUGUAGAGAAGAGGGAACAGGUGAGUGUAACAGAGACAGGAGAGGAUAAUGUAGAGAAGAGGGAACAGGGGUGUGUGACAGAGACAGGAGAGGACAAUGUAGAGAAGAGGGAACAGGUGAGUGUAACAGAGACAGGAGAGGAUAAUGCAGGGAAGAGGGAACAGGGGUGUGUGACAGAGACAGGAGAAGACAAUGUAGAGAAGAGGGAACAGGUGGGUGUAACAGAGACAGGAGAGGAUAAUGCAGGGAAGAGGGAACAGGUGUGUGUGACAGAGACAGGAGAAGACAAUGUAGAGAAGAGGGAACAGGUGGGUGUAACAGAGACAGGAGAGGAUAAUGUAGAGAAGAGGGAACAGGGGUGUGUGACAGAGACAGGAGAGGACAAUGUAGAGAAGAGGGAACAGGUGGGUGUAACAGAGACAGGAGAGGACAAUGUAGAGAAGAGGGAACAGGUGAGUGUAACAGAGACAGGAGAGGAUAAUGUAGAGAAGAGGGAACAGGGGGGUGUGACAGAGACAGGAGAGGACAAUGUAGAGAAGAGGGAACAGGGGUGUGUGACAGAGACAGGAGAGGACAAUGUAGAGAAGAGGGAACAGGUGGGUGUAACAGAGACAGGAGAGGACAAUGUAGAGAAGAGGGAACAGGUGAGUGUAACAGAGACAGGAGAGGAUAAUGUAGAGAAGAGGGAACAGGGGGGUGUGACAGAGACAGGAGAGGACAAUGUAGAGAAGAGGGAACAGGGGUGUGUGACAGAGACAGGAGAGGAUAAUGUAGAGAAGAGGGAACAGGGGUGUGUGACAGAGACCAAGAGAGAACAGAGUGACAUGAAAGAGACAGGGGAGGAUAACAUAAAAAACGGUGGUGUGGAAAGGGAAGGGGAACGUGAUGUUGUGCAAGCGAGCAGAGAGGAUCCCAAUGAGCCAAGUCAGUCCACACGGUCUCCUUGCUCUGUGAACACAAAUGAGAGCAGACAGAUAGACUUGACUCUCAAAAGAAAAGGAGAGGACAAGCAAGAGGGAGGUGAUGAGAUAAAAGAGGAAAAGAUAGGAAGAGAGCAAAAGGAGCACCCAGGAGAGGUUAAGAAGAAGAAGAAGGACAGCAGAAGAGGAAGGUUUAAUAGGAGUCCCUUUUUUGUCUAAUUUAUUUUUUGAAACGGAUCCUCCUGAAAUGCCAUGCUCAUCAACAACAUCCCAGUGGGCAAGUGUGUAUUUACUCAUUGAUUGUUUUUACAUUUAUUUUUAAAAUUAUUAUGAGAUUAUGAACAAAGAAGACAUGAAAUCUCAGUUUAGGCUUCAUCAAGAUGAUUGGGAAAAGCAUAAUGGUUAUUAUAGUUCAGUCAGUCACAAAUGAGACUGCAUAUAGGUUGCAAACCUCUUUCAUAUGUCUGGAUGAGAAAAAAAAGUACAUUAUUGAAAUAUACAGUACCAGUCAAACGUUUUGACACACCUACUCAUUGUAGUGAAGACAUUAAAACUAUGAAAUAACACAUGGAAUCAUGUAUUCACCAGCAAAUUGUUAAACAAAUAAAAAUAUAUUUUAGAUCCAUCAAAGUAGCCAUUUGCAUUUGCUCAACCAGCUUUAUGAGUUAGUCACCUGGAAUGCAUUUGAAUUAACAGGUAUGCAUUGUUAAUUGGUGUGCAUUUAUUUUAUUUUGUUUGAGCCAAUCAGUUGUGUUGUGACAAGUUUGGGGGGGUAUACAGAAUAUAGCCCUAUUUGGUAAAAUACCAAGUCCAUAUUAUGGCAAGAACAGCUCAAAUAAGCAAAGAGAAAUGACAGUCAAUCAUUACUUUAAGACAUGAAGGUCAAUCAAUCCGGAAAUGUAAAGAACUUUGAAAGUUUCUUCAAGAGCAGUCGCAAAAACCAUCAAGCGCUAUGAUGAAACUGGCUCUCAUGAACAUCCAAAAUUAAUUCUGACAAUGCCAUGAUUAAGAAUAAUGAAUAAAUCAUAAAUAAUGAUGAGUGAGAAAGUUACAAAGGCUACAAUCCAGCUAACAACAAAAGCUCCCACAACUUAACAGAACGUUCCCUUCAGAGUCUCAUUAGGUCAUUACCUAAAGUUUUUGUGGAAUGUUCCAUGACAUGCAAGGAUUGUUUCCAAGAGGCCAUUUCCUAAAUGUAAAACAGAACUGACCUUUUUAUUCAACUAGGCAGGUCAGUUAAGAACAAAUUCUUAUUUACAAUGACAGCCUACACCGGCCAACUCCCAAUCACAGCCAGUUGUGAUACAAUCUGGAUUUGAACCAGGGUGUGUGUAGUGAUGCCUCUAGCACUGAGAUGCAGUGCCUUAGACCGCAGCUCCACUCGGGAUCCCCAACCUAGAACGUUCUCAGUAUAUUCAAUAUUAAUGUUCUAGACACGUUUCAUGGGAACUUUGCAAGAAUAUUCUCCUCCAGUUUUCUGAGGGUAACAAGAAUAUUCUCCUCCAGUUUUCUGAGGGUAACAAGAAUAUUCUCCUCCAGUUUUCUGAGGGUAACAAGAAUAUUCUCCUCCAGUUUUCUGAGGGUAACAAGAAUAUUCUCCUCCAGUUUUCUGAGGGUAACAAGAAUAUUCUCCUCCAGUUUUCUGAGGGUAACAAGAAUAUUCUCGUCCAGUUUUCUGAGGGUAACAAGAAUAUUCCAUCAAUAUACCACCAAACUUAAACAGAACAUGGUUGCCAUGUUCUCAGAACAUAAUAUAUUAAUGUUCUAGAUAUGGUUCAUGGGAACAGUCUGCCUGGAGGCAUCUAUCAAAAAUGUAUUUUUUAUGAGCCGUGCUAUUUGAGUCAUGCCAUUCAGCUGUGCCCCUCACACAGACGAGAGUAUCUUCACCAGUAACACACCAUCCCGCUACACUGUCUGUCCCUGCAUGUCUGAUAGCCUAUCCAGUGCAUAGCCUACAUACCUCACUGUCAGACUGUUUUUGAUAUUUAUCUCAGAAGAGUAUACACAUUUUAAAUAUUUGUCCAUCCACAUCUAUGUCCAUGAAUUUGCGCUUUGAUAUUAAACUGUCCUUGAAUGUGUUCGUAUUCGGAUACUUUAUUGUGUAUUAUUGUUGUUGCCGUGUCAAGGAUUGUUUAGUGACAUUGGUCACAAUAUGAACACAGUUAUUACUAAUUUCACUGUCACUGUUUUAAAACAAAGCAUUUCUCCACUUAUAUACCACUUAGAUUUACUGUUUAAUGAAAGCUAUGUGUUACUGAUGCUUAAAAGUGUCACACCCUGAUCUGUUUCACCUGCCUUGUCACCUGCCUUGUCUCCCCCUACCUUUUGCCUGCCCCUAUAAUAAACUCUGAGACUCGUA